UCAGGGGUCAACAACGUUUGAUGAUAUUGGAGGAGCUGGAGAUAUGGGUGAAUCUGGUCAUGAUAGGAGAGCUGAUGAUGAUAUCUAUCCCUUGUAUGAUGCAUAUGAUAGCUAUGGUGAACAAAGUAAUAGCAAUAGCAGUGGAAUCACCUCAGAUGAUGACAGUGAUGAGGAUGAUGAUGAUGAGGAAGAUGAAGAUAACAAUGAUGCUUAUUAUAAUGGUCUUAAAAAUGGUGAUUUUCAACUGGGACCUGGCAUGGCUACUUGUGAAUGGUGCGGUAAAAUUGGUGUACAGCAUGCUUUUUACUCGAAAACUAAAAGAUUUUGCAGCUUAUCGUGUUCGCGAAGUUCAGCCGCACAGAAAGCUGCACUUAGUAAGAGACCCAAAUCGGGUUUAUCACAAUCGUCAAAGAAACCAAAAAUUGAAGCUACAACCAGUAAGCCAAAAUGUGCUCCUAAGAAGUCUAAUAGCAGUCCUACAGCAAGUAAGAAAAAAGCCAACGGAGAACCAUUCAAUUGGAGCAAUUAUCUUACUGACACCAAUGGUGAUGCUGCUUUAGUUAGUUGUUUUGGUCAUGCUCCAAUGUCCAAUUACUGGGAGGAUAUUGCUGUGGGUAUGAAAGUAGAAGUUUUAAAUACAGAUUGUGAUCUUCCUAAUCAUGUCUUCUGGAUUGCUCAAGUUGUUAAAAUUGCUGGUUACAAAGCACUUCUUAGGUACGAAGGAUUUGGGAGUGAUAAAUCACAUGAUUUCUGGUGCAAUUUAAUGAGAAUGGAUGUACAUCCUGUUGGAUGGUGUGCUACCAUAGGAAAACCACUCUUACCGCCAAAAUCUAUUGCCAGUAGGCGGAGCAAUUGGAGAACUUUCCUUGUGAACAGUUUAACAGGGGCCAAAACAUUACCCUCAGAUUUUCAGGAUAAGGUGGUGGAAAGCAUGAAGUUUAAAUUCAAGAGCGGAAUGAAGUUAGAAGUGGUAGACAAAAUGAGGAUAUCUCGAAUGCGAGUGGCCAUCAUAGACGAUGUGGUCGGUGGACGUCUCCAGUUGCAAUAUGCAGAUAGUCAUGACGACGAUGACUUCUGGUGUCACAUUAAGUCACCACUUCUACAUCCGUGUGGCUGGUCUUCAUAUGUUGGCCAUGACAUUAAUUCUACACAAGAAUACAAACUGAAAUCACUGAAUAAAGCUAUUACAAGAAAGUUAGAAGAUGAUGAAGCACCUUGGGAACUUUUCUUUAAUGGAACAGAACCAUCUAAGGGACAAAACUUUGAAGUUGGGAUGAAACUAGAAGCAAUAGAUCCUCUCAACCUAGCCAAUAUUUGUGUUGCCACGGUGAUGAAAGUAUUGAAAAAUAGUUACCUUAUGAUAGGUAUCGAUGGUUCAAUGGCAGUUGAUGGUUCUGAUUGGUUUUGUUACCACGCUACAUCACCCUGUGUGUUCCCAGCUGGUUUCUGUGAACUCAAUAGUAUUGAUCUUACACCACCAAGAAAUUAUAAAGGGAAGUUUAAGUGGUUAGAUUAUCUAAUGGCAACCAAAUCACAAGCUGCUCCAGUUAAACUAUUUAAUAGGAAAAUUCCCAAACAUGGUUUCACAGUUGGUGCCAAACUAGAAGCAGUUGACUUGAUGGAGCCUCACUUGGUAUGCGUGGGUACGGUCACUAAAGUAGUCGGUAGAUUGUUAAGAGUUCACUUUGAUGGCUGGGACAAGAUAUAUGAUCAGUGGAUAGACUGUCAGAGUCCAGAUUUGUACCCUGUAGGCUGGUGUGAAGUGUUUAAUUAUGCACUGGAACCACCAAAGACUCAAGAGAUUAAAGCACCACCACCUGUUCCUGUCAAACCACGGAAAAAGAAACCCAAGAAUCAAAGUUACAAAGGUUCAAGGAAAAAGAAGAAGCCACCACCCCCAAAGAAAUCUCCAAAGGGAUCCACCAAGUACUUCAUGGAUGAUGGCACAGUGAAUCCACCAUACACCAUAUUACCUGCUAGUUCUGUUGCUGAAACCUUACCACCUGUGGAAAAUUCCUCACAUGAUAUUAAGCCUGAUUUGACAAGUCUUAUUCAGUCUCCUUCGAGUAUUACACCAACACCUCCCACUUCUGUCAAUAUAGGGCAUAUCCAUGUGAAGCAGGAAAGAAUAGAAAGUAUGGAUGAUUUAGCAUCAAGGACAAUUGGAAAUGUGACUCCAGUUAGCGCUGAUACAUCAUCUCCUGCCGUAAUACAGAAUACAGCAACAACCAAUGAAUUGUUAUCACAGAUAAUGUCUUUCAAUAGGGCACAGCAACCAGCAAUGUCAACGGAAAUCUUCAAUCCCACGGGAUUAUCCCUGCCGAAUUUUGGUACUUUUGCCACAGCAACCAAUAGGCCGAUGCAGGCUACCAUCAGUGCCGAUGGUGUGUUAGGAAUCACGGAACAAGCACUGGGGAAUAAUCUUGAAAGGCUGUCUGCGAAUACAAGUAAUGUGCUGCAGAUGGGUCAAAAUUUAUCAACAGUUUUAUCAGGGUCGAAUGGCGGGAACCCUGCAAGUACUAUGCAUCAGUUUUCCGCCAACUUAAACAUUCCAAAUACAGUGAAUAACAAUUCAGGUUAUGGGAGCUCCUCUCCGGGACAACAAGCAAAUAUUAUUUCCUCGCCACAUUCAUCGCCUGUGGAGAGCCCAAUUGCAUCACGUACCAUGCCGGCAUUGUCUGCUAUACCUACUCCCCCGGUGUUGAACACAAUGGCGCCCUCUAUGGCCACUGCCAAUAUGCCACCAUUGUCAAUACCGAGUACUACGAUCUAUAAUCGAAUGCCCCCGCUAUCAGCACCAUUAAGUAGCCUUCCAAAUAUGGGUAACAAUAUUCCCACUACUACAAUGUCAAAUAACUUGCAGAGGCCACAAUCUUUUCCAAGUCAUAUCAGGCCGCCUAUUAUGACGACUACUGUGACAAGUACAAUCACAAACAUGCCUGUCACAGCAUCUAUGUUAGGACAUAUGAACAAUCUGGGUGUAGCGGCUGCUGGUUUAAGUGUUAACCAGCAAGGUGUCUCCCAGUUAAAAGGAAUGCAAUCUAUUGCAACGUUAGCUUCUCCUGUGCUCACCCCGUCUGUGGAUUACGACUGCUCUGAACCAUCAAGGUGGGGUACAGUGGAAGUAAUGCAGUUCUUAAAAGAAAAUGAAUGUGGUGCUUACACAGAAAGUUUUCGAAAACAGCAAAUUGAUGGUAAAAAGCUGCUGUCUUUGACAAAGGAACAAAUCUGUAACUUGACCGGAAUGAAAGUGGGUCCAUCACUAAAGAUCUAUGAACACAUUCAACAGCUGAAAGCCAGACUUGCUAAGCAGUAACAGUAAUGUCCAAGAAGAAAUGUGGAAAUAAUUGCCCUAUCAAUUAGGUUUUUACAAAUAUCUACAUGAUGCUAUCGAGCUGGUUUUAUUUUUAGACAAACAUAUUAGUAAUUUUUUCUGAACAUUAUACUACUGUGUCUACUGAUGUGUUGCACUGAACUUGUUGACUUUGUGCUGGCAAGUAAAGCACUACUCCAGUGACUCGUAUAUUACCUUUUAU